GCUCGACUGACUGUGAGCGCCCGCCUCUGGAGGACAUGCGCCGGGGACUCGACACGUGAUCCGCUCGCCACAAUCCAGUAUGGCGGAAUCCGUCGGCGAGUGGAUCCGUCUUUGGCGCGCUCUCCAACGGGAAUAAAGUCCGGAGCGUUGCGUCCGAUCGCGGUGGAGCUGCUGGGAGUUCAUUCUUAUCGAGCGAAGAGGAACCGACACACAGAGCUGGGUUUCGGCUAGAGGGGGCGCUAUGAGCCUCUGAGAUUGUCCUUUCUUUCCUGUCCCGCGUCUCUUUUGACUCGUCUUCCCAUUCAACAGUGGAUGGUGACCAGCCAACAAGCCCCAGAGGAGCCGUGAGGUGUUUCUCACAUCCUCAUCUGCCAGGACACACUCCUCUUAUUAUCAAGCCCAGUCACUUCAGAGAAAGCCGCCACCGUCGCCACAAUGAGUUCCCACAGCCGCCCAGAUGGACUUCCCAGUAAAGAACAGCCACUGGAACUUCUGAAGCCAUCUGGAGUCAAUCACAUUCCUCCUGUUGAUGUGAGUGCGGUGCUGCCACUGCAAGUGCCGCCUUCUGCCAUCCCCAUGGACCUGCGUGUGGAUCACCAGUUCGCCCUGGCGCCGACGGACCCGGCCCAGCGCGAGCUGCAGCUGCAGCAGGAGCUUCUGGCCCUCAAGCAGAAACAGCAGAUACAGAGGCAGAUCCUGAUCGCAGAGUUUCAGCGGCAGCACGAGCAGCUCUCGCGCCAGCAUGAAGUGCAGCUGCAGGAGCAUGUCAAGCAUCAGCAGGACCUCCUGGCCCUGAAACAUCAGCAGGAGCUCCUGACUACGAAAAAGUCUCAGACUAUUAAGAGCGCUGUGGCGAGCACUGAGGUGAAGAUGAGGUUGCAGGAGUUCGUCCUCAACAAGAAGAAAGCGCUGGCCCAGAGGAGCCUCAACCACUGCCUGCCCAACGACCCGCGCUACUGGUACGGGAAGACCCAGCACAGCUCCCUGGACCAGAGCUCACCACCUCAGACAGGGAUUUCCACUUACAACCACCCGGUGCUGGGAAUGUACGACCCAAAAGAUGACUUCCCGCUCCGCAAGACGGCAUCUGAGCCCAACCUGAAGCUGCGAUCCAGGCUGAAGCAGAAAGUUACGGAGCGCAGGAGUAGCCCGCUGCUUCGGAGGAAGGAUGGGCCGAUCAGCACUGCAAAGAAGCGAUCUCUGGACAUGGCAGAAUCGGCAUGCAGCAGUGCUCCUGGUUCUGGUCCGAGUUCACCUAACAACAGUUCAAACAACAUUACCAAUGAGAACGGCAUCGCUGGAUCAAUCUCCAGCAGUCCAGUGGAGCCAUCUUUGGCGCACAGACUCACGGGCAGAGAGGGUCCUGUUAGCCAGCUGUGUCUGUACACAUCGCCCUCCCUUCCCAACAUCACCCUGGGCCUGCCAGCCACCGGCCCCUCCCUCGUGGGUUCUGGCCUACAGGAUGGUGACAGAAUGGCAGUGCCAGGCUUGCAACCAGGAAUACCCAUAACCACUCCGUUCAUGCCAGGAGCCCACCUGCCUUCUUACCUGGCUGCGUCCACCUUAGAGCGGGAGGGUGGCUCGGCACACAACACUCUCCUGCAGCAUAUGGUGCUUCUGGAGCAGUCGGCCGCACAGAACUCCCUGGUCACAGGCCUGGGGGUCGUGUCCCUGCAGUCGCAUUCCAUCCACAAGCCCCGGCAGCAUCGGCCCCUCGGACGCACGCAGUCGGCCCCCCUGCCCCAGAAUGCCCAGGCGCUGCAGCAGCUGGUGGUUCAACAGCAACACCAGCAGUUCCUGGAAAAACACAAGCAACAGUUCCAGCAGCAACAGCUUCACAUCAGCAAGAUGAUGGCUAAGCCGAACGAGCCGAGCCGACAGCAUGAGAGCCACCCGGAGGAGACGGAGGAGGAGCUGCGGGAGCACCAGGGGCUGGGCGACUCCACGGAGGCUCUUCCUCACGGGGUCCCCAUCAAACAGGAACCUCCGGAUGAGCAGGAUGAAGAGUUCCAGCAGAGAGAGAUGCAAGCCGAGGAAGAGCUGCUCUUCAGACAGCAAGCUCUCAUGUUGGAGCAACAGAGGAUCCAUCAGCUGAGGAACUUUCAGGCGUCCAUGGAAGCGGCCGGUCUAUCUGUGACCUUCCCAGGCCAUCGGCCCCUGUCCAGAGCACAAUCAUCCCCGGCCUCUGCGACCUUUCCCAUUGUGGUGCAGGAACCUCCAGCCAAACCGCGCUUUACCACCGGUCUGGUGUACGACACCCUGAUGCAGAAACACCAGUGCAUGUGUGGAAACAGUAACAACCACCCCGAACACGCCGGGCGUAUCCAGAGCAUCUGGUCACGACUGCAGGAGACGGGACUGCGCGGCCAGUGUGAGUGUAUUCGAGGCAGGAAAGCCACUCUGGAGGAGCUACAGACGGUCCACACUGAGCCUCAUGUGCUGCUUUACGGAACCAACCCUCUCAGACAGAAACUGGACAGCUCAGUGACACCCAUGUUCGUGAGACUGCCGUGCGGAGGAAUCGGGGUUGACAGUGACACUAUCUGGAAUGAAGUUCACUCGUCCAGUGCUGCUCGUCUGGCUGUGGGAUCUGUAGUGGAUCUGGUGUUUAAGGUGGCUUCAGGAGAGCUGAGGAACGGCUUUGCUGUGGUACGACCUCCAGGACAUCACGCUGAGGAGAGCACUCCCAUGGGAUUUUGCUAUUUCAACUCGGUCGCCAUUGCAGCCAAACUCCUGCAGCAGAGACUCAACGUCAGUAAGAUUCUCAUUGUGGACUGGGAUGUUCACCAUGGAAAUGGGACUCAACAGGCCUUCUACAGUGACCCUAAUGUCCUGUAUGUGUCUCUCCAUCGCUACGAUGAUGGGAACUUCUUCCCUGGCAGCGGAGCCCCUGAUGAGGUGGGCAUCGGGCCAGGCAUGGGCUUUAACGUGAACAUGGCCUUCACCGGAGGUCUGGAGCCGCCCAUGGGAGACGCAGACUAUCUGGCAGCAUUCAGGACGGUGGUGAUGCCAAUUGCGAACGAGUUCGCUCCAGACGUGGUGCUGGUUUCUUCAGGCUUCGACGCUGUGGAGGGGCAUCUGCCACCUCUGGGAGGAUACAAGCUCACGGCCAAAUGUUUCGGCUACCUGACCAAGCAGCUGAUGGGACUGGCCGGCGGCCGGCUGGUGCUCGCGCUGGAGGGGGGUCAUGACCUCACCGCCAUUUGCGAUGCCUCUGAAGCAUGUGUUUCUGCUUUGCUUGGAAACGAGUUGGACCCUCUUCCUGAAGACGUGCUACAACAGAGGCCGAACCCCAACGCCAUUCACUCCAUGGAGAAAGUUCUGGAAGUCCACAGUAAAUACUGGCGCUCGCUGCAGAGAUCUGCCUCGACUCUGGGAUACUCACUGCUGGAGGCUCAGAGAUGUGAAACUGAAGAGGCAGAGACGGUGACCGCCAUGGCCUCCCUGUCUGUGGCCAACAAGCACAUGGGACAGAGGACAGAGGAGGAGCCUAUGGAAGAGGAACCUCCAUUGUAGAAGGUCCGAUCGACUGCCUUGGUGACCCUCUCGGCUCAGAGCCUCUUCAAGGCCUCUGACGUCGCUCUACUCUCUCUAUCCGUUUCAUUUUUUGUCCCACGAUGUGCGCGCUUUGAGCACGGGAUCUGAAACGGCCUGAAGAAAUCUCUGUGACACCCAGAGCGCGACAAACGUCUCAGCUGUGUUAGUUUGUCUCUGUCCGUGGCAGAACGUCCAGGACUGUUAAACCUGGUCUGUCCGCAGGGACGCUUAACUUUUGAGCAGGACAUAGACUCACGUUUCAUUGUUAGAUGUGAGAGCUGGUGCUUUCGACAUGAACUUUUUCAUUAUUUUCCAGAGCCACUAUAUGACUGAUUUCGGCUGUUACGGCCUACGUUUUUUUAUUUGUCGUCUCUCUGUUCGUUUGUCUGUCUUUCUUUUAUUCUUGGAGAAAAAAUUGACUCGUUCCAUUCGCAAUUCGAGUUACUGCUUCACGAGGGUGGACGAUGUGAUCGGGAGAGCGAUCGAAGGAUUCUGGGAAGCCCGACGGAGAGUCGACAAUGCGAGUUUGUGCCUUUUUCAAAAGAUGGAUCCAGAAGAACAUUGCCUUAAUAGUUACAGGAGGGAAGACGUUUCGCCGUCUCUUUAUUUCUUGACAUGCGACGGUCAAAGGCUGGCCUGAAGAAUCGAGAAACCCUCAGCAUGUUUACCAGGAACUCCCUGCAGAUAUCAUGUUUCACACGCAUUAUGACCUGUUUUCUGUUCCUUCAUUUUUACUGGGCUUGUGUUGGACGUUACAUGACUCUAAGUGUCACUGACGAACAAACUUUAAGGUAGUUGCCAGCUAUCCAAGGGCAAAACAUUCGAUUGAAUUCUCCAGCGCUUUAGACGGCAAGCCAAUGUAGCGACUCGUUUCAACUCUUAAUGACCAAAUACGCACCUCCUCCUUCUCCGAAAAGUUGGUCAGCAUGCAGCUUUCCAUCUGCCAAAUCGUAGUUUAACAGCGCCGACAAGCAUGAGUUUGCUGCGAGCAUAUAGGAUAGGGCUGCGAUGACCUCGCGUCAUACGAUUUGUAGUUCGAGACAAACUUUCUAUUUUUCCUUCUCACGACAUGUUGUACUUUUAUAUAGCUAUGAAUGUCUAGUAUUCCGGUUACUUUACAGUUAAUCAAAGGGCACUAGCGUAUCACUACUAUUAUUCUACUCGGCAGACAGUCAAUUUUAUUGACACCUUCGAAACAAGCGGAAAAGGGCUGGUUAACGAUUUUAAAUGUACCACUGAGCCUUCAGACGUGCCACCUGGUGAGAUUUAGCGCUGGUUUCCUGCCGACGGGUCUGAGCGAGGAGGGUUAUGGGCCUUUCGCUAGGGGCGGGUGCUACCGAACAUGUGCCCGUCACAUGACACAAUCCAGGACGUAGCGGGACCACCAGCUUCCACUCAGAAAACAAUCGUAAAACGCCUCUGAGACGACUGUGAUACUCAGACAAUCUGCAUGGGACAUUGACGUAGUUUCGGAGCCGCGGCGGCGUUUCGAAGCGGCACAUAGAACUGUAUAUAUACGCAAUUAUGCAUGCUGACAGUAGAUCAUUUGACUUGACUUUGAUUGUACAUUUAACUUUUCGAUUCUGGACUGAUGAAGAGGCGAUAAUUUGUUUGACAGCCCCUGACUCGUGUUUAGCCUCUCGGCAACUACCUUUGGCAUUCUUUUUCUGUGUGUCAUGUUCAAUAUGAGACGCAUUAAGGUGGGAGAUUUGACUAACCGUUGCCAUUGUUCCUUGACUUCAUUUUUAUAUAUGCCUUUCACGUAUGACUACUCCACUUUGGGUUGGUGCCCGUUAUUUUCUUGUUCGUUUUACUUGCUCGUUUGUCCUGUUUUUUUUUUUGUUGUUGUUUUGUUUGUUUUUUUGUACUUUUUGGAUUAUUUUCUUGUUCAUUUGUCAGUCUUUAUGUAGUAGUUAUUUUCGUGUUUUAGAGAGUAACAAGCCUUUUUUAAUUGGUUUUUAUCUUGUUUUUUUUGUAUGAGGUGGGAGGGAGAUGCUUUUACUUUGUAUAAUGAUUCCGACAAUUGUGUAUUUACUACGUUCUGUUCAUAGUAGAUUUAUAUUACAAAGAUCUAUAGAUAUAUUAUAUAUUAUAAAGAUU